AUGCUCCAUUCCCCGAUGACCACCAUGGUUUCUGGCGAGAUUUUUGUAUGCUCUGCUCUAACAUUUCAAAGUCCUCCACUGCAGCAGAAGUUCUUUCACCGUCACAUCCGUAGCUAUCCGCCGGAGCUUCAUCAAGUCCGGAGAACUGGUUCCUCAAUCCGCCGGCGACAAUCGUUGGUGAGACUUUCCAGGUAUACCAUGUCCUGGUACUUGGCGCAGUUUUUGUCACCCUCCAUUAAUACCGAAGUCUUUCUCCGCCGCCUCCCCAUGGAGCCCGAUCUACAGCAGAUUCGCCUUCGCCAUCAAGACCUCAACACUCAGCUGGAGCUGUCGGGGAUGCCGGAACAGCGAGAGCCUCAGACCCCUCCAGUUCUGCCGGAUUCACAGCCGUUGCACGAGAUCUCGGGCCCUUAUCCUCUCCUUCCCCCAUCUCAAUCAUCUCAACCAUGGGCGUAUUCUCCGUCGAAAGAUCCAUCGGUAUCGUCGGUGGUGAUGGCCUCUGGGAUCCGUACAAAGGCGACGCAGGCGACAAAGGCGUUGAAGACCCAAAUGAAAAGCGUGCUGGGCCUUGGAAAAAGAGUUGUGUGUUUUGGUGGGCCUGGCCCAGAUGGGAUUUUAAGGCAGCUCAACAAACAUGCCCAACAGCCCAACAACCGUACCCAAUUGGUUCAAACAAAUAUUGGGAUAAUGGCACAACUGCAAAUCGGGCAUUUUUUUACAGAGCUCGUUAAAAUAUUUGUCCUCCAAAUCGAGCCUGGAGAGACCAAUUCGUCUUCAUUGUGCUUCAUUUCAUCACUCAUCGGGAUUCAUAUCUCCACUUAUGAGACAGUUAAAAUUUUCUGGAUUCUCAAAUCCUGUAAUUUACUCCCAGUGGAAGAGUUUAAUUUCACCUUCUUCCAUCUCUUUGAGAUUGGUCGUAUCUUCUUCUCUCUCUUUGAGAGUGGUCGAAUCUCCGAGUUCUAUGCCGGGAUCUUCAAAGUCACACUGGAAAGUGAUUAA